CGAAAGCACGAGAGGACCGCAGUGAGCACACAUCUCCUCUGAAGCUCACAAGCACACACUUCAGUAUGAAAUGUAAACUACUAGUACACUUAUUUUAACCCCAUUUAAAACACCAUCAUGUUGCGUGUUGCGGUUGAGUCUGCGUCAGGUCUGCCUAAAAAGAAGCUCGGCAGUCCAGAUCCCAUCGCAUCUGUAGUGUUUAAAGAGGAGAAAAAGAAAACAAAGUCCAUUAAUAGUGAAUUGAAUCCGGUGUGGAAUGAGACACUAGAGUUUGAUUUAAAAGGUGCUCCUCUGGAUUCAUCAUCUUACAUUGAUGUGAUCGUAAAAGACUUCGAGACUAUUGGCAAGGACAAGUUCAUUGGGUCUGCAAAAGUCUCUCUGAAAGAUCUUGCUGGUGGUCAAAAAUCUCUCCCGGUGAAAAACUUACCUCUGCUGGACGAAAGUGGCAAGAACAUAGGAGCGAACAUCAAUAUGGUGAUAGGCUACGAUCCACCUGCCAAUUCAGGACCAAACCCACUUGAUCAACCGGAUGGAGGAGGGAACACAGCGGGUGGUGAGGCAGGAGAUGUAGACGCCACUGAUGGGGGCGGGAGGGGCGUCACAUCUGGUGAGUCUGGACAGGGAUUUAAGACCAGGACCAGGAAGCGUCACAAUUUGCCCAAUAAACCUCAGGACUUUCAGAUCCGUGUGCGGGUGAUCGAGGGACGUCAAUUGCCUGGAAAUAACAUCAAACCUGUGGUGAAAGUGUUUGUGUGUGGAGAAACCCACAGGACCAGGAUAAGGAAAGGAAAUAACCCGUACUUUGAUGAGCUAUUCUUUUAUAAUGUCAAUAUGUUGCCCUCGGAUUUGUUUGAUGAGCAGAUAAGUUUGCGGAUAUAUAACGCAUCAUCUUUCAGAGCAGACAGUCUUUUGGGAGAAUUCAAGCUUGAUAUUGGCUACAUCUAUGAUGAACCAGCUCACUGUAUCAUGAAGAAAUGGGUUCUUCUGAGUGACCCAGAUGACUCAAGCUCAGGAGCCAAGGGUUAUCUCAAAGUCAGCAUGUUUGUCUUGGGAGCAGGAGAUGAACAACCGUUGGAGAAGAAGGAACAGGACAAUGAUAAAGACGACGUGGAGAGUAACCUGCUGUUGCCCGCUGGUGUCGCUGUCAGAUGGGUCACGCUCAACCUCAAAGUGUUUCGGGCCGAGGAUAUCCCUCAGAUGGACGACUCCAUCACCCAAAGUUUGAAGGGAGUAUUUGGAGGUAAUGCAAAUAAGAAAAAUCUGGUCGAUCCUUUUGUUGAGGCCUCAUUUGCUGGCAAAAAGCUCUGUACACAAAUCAUUGAGAAAAACGCAAACCCGGAGUGGAACCAACAGCUUAAUCUACAGGUUAAGUUCCCGUCUAUGUGCGACAGAAUUAAGCUGACUGUAUUUGACUGGGACCGCCUCUCUGGGAAUGAUGCCGUAGGCACUGCAUAUCUGGAUCUGACCACAAUAGCAUCCUCUGGUGGUGAAGUUGAAGAGGAUCUUGAAGAGUAUGGAAUUUCAUCAAAAACAGGAGAGACUGGGGAAUCUGAGAUAGGCUUUCUGCCCAUGUUUGGGCCCUGCUAUAUAAAUCUGUAUGGUAGCCCGAGGGAGAUGACAAGCUUAGCUGAUCCAUAUGAAGACCUAAAUUUGGGCAAGGGUGAAGGAGCCGCUUACAGAGGCAGGAUUCUGGUUGAACUCUCGACUACACUGGAUGGAAAAGCGGAAAAGACUGUGGAUGAAAUAUCAAGUGAUGACAUCUUGGUUGUUCAGAAAUACCAGCGCAGAAGAAAAUUCUGUCUGUGUGCAGUGUUUCAUGGUGCAACUUUGAUACAAGAACCAGGAGAACCCAUUCAGUUUGAAGUUAGCAUUGGCAACUAUGGCAACAAAAUGGACUUAACAUGCAAACCUCUGGCUUCUACCACCCAAUACAGCUGUGCAGUGUUUGACGGUAAUAACUAUUACUUUCUGCCCUGGGGCAACACUAAACCUGUGGUGGCCAUCACUUCAUUUUGGGAGGACAUCAGUCACCGAGUAGAUUCCAUGAACAUUCUCCUUUAUAUUUCUGACCGCUUGCAAACAAACCUCAAUAUGUUAAAGACUGCGAUACAGUCCAAAGCCUCUGACACGAGACAAGUAGAAAUCUGGAUGAAGCUUAUCAACCAGUUAUUAGAAGAUCUUAGCAGUUAUAAAAUUCCUGAUCUGGAGGGGAGGCCCAAUCUCACCACUUUGGAUUACCAGUUGAAAAAGAUACGGGACCGUACUCUGAAGAACAUCAGGGGCGGUGCCAGAUGUUUGCUAGAGGUGGCCACAGACGUUUGUAAGUGUGUGAGCCUCAUUGAAAGCUGGCUGGAGAAGCUGAAGCAGCUGGCUGAGGAGCCUCAGAACAGCAUGCCGGAUGUGAUCAUCUGGAUGUUGCGAGGAGAGAGCAGAAUAGCGUACGCUCGCGUCCCAGCCCAUCAGAUCCUCUAUUCAACCUUCAGUGAACAGGCCUGUGGUCAGUACUGUGGGAAGACUCAGACAAUCCUGAUGCAGUAUCCCAUGGACAAGAACAAGGGUUCAAAGAUUCCGGUGCAGAUUCGUGUGAACAUGUGGCUCGGGCUGGCCAAAGAUGAAAAGCAGUUCAAUCGUUUUGCGGAGGGGACGUUCAACGUGUUUGCAGAACUGUAUGAGAACCAGGCUCAGGUUUUGGGAAAAUGGGGCACCGCCGGCCUGCUGAGUCGCAACAAGUUCUCUGAUGUUACAGGCACAGUGAAGCUGAAGAAGGAAUAUUUUCUGCCCCCUGUUGGCUGGGAGUGGGAAGGAGACUGGAAGGUCGACCCAGAGAAAUCUUUGCUGGUUGAGGCGGAUGCUGGACACACAGAGUUUUUGGAUGAGGUGUAUGAGAACGAGAGCAGAUUCCCAGGAGGAGAAUGGAAGCCUGCAGCUGAACCUUACACUGAUGUGAAUGGAGAGAAAGUCCAGAGUCCCACUGAAAUUCAAUGUCCAGCCGGCUGGCAGUGGGAGGAUAACUGGUCAUUUGAUGCCAACAGGGCUGUUGAUGAAAGAGGUUGGGAAUAUGGAGUCACUGUUGAUGACAUGCCCAAAUCCUGGGUGGCUACUGAGAAGUUAUACCACGUCAAUCGUCGCAGAAGAAUGAUCCGACCUCGCAAAAAGAUUCCUGGUGCCAUAACAGCCGCUCAAAAGAAGGAUGAUGGAGAUCCAGAGGGUUGGGAAUACUCCUCGCUCAUUGGCUGGAAGUUUCAUAAGCUGGAACGAUCAUCUGACACAUUCAGACGACGCCGCUGGAGAAGAAAGAUGGCACCGGCUGAUCUGCUUGGAGCGUCAGCCAUUUUCAGACUAGAGGGGAUGAUGGGAGUUGACAUGGAAUCAAAAGGUGAAGAUAAAAGCACCAAAUCAGAUGUUGCUGUUAAACAGUUUGGAGCCAACACACCGAUGGUAUCGUGCACGUUUGACCGAUUGUACUCGUAUCACCUGAGAGUUUAUGCGUACCAGGCCAAAAACCUUUUAGCUCUGGAUAAAGACAGCUUCUCAGAUCCGUAUGUACAUGUCUCGUUCAUGCAUCAGAGUCAGACAACAGAGACGAUCAAAAGCACCCUGAACCCUACAUGGGAUCAGACUCUAGUUUUUAAAAAUGUGGACAUAUACGGUGACCCUCAGACUGUGGCUCAGUAUCCACCCAGAGUGGUUCUGGAAAUCUUUGACAAAGAUCAAUUGGGUAAAGAUGAAAUGAUGGGCAGGAGUUCAUGUCUGCCUGUGGUGAAGUUAAACUCGAGCAUGGAUUCAUCUCCUAAACUCCUUUGGUAUCCUGUGAUGCACAAGCAGAAGCCUGCAGGAGAAGUGCUGGUGGCUGCUGAGCUCAUAUUGAAGGGAUCUGACAUUGAACUUCCCAUCGUUCCACCCAAAAGAGGAGAUGCUCUUUAUAUGGUUCCUCAAGGGAUUCGUCCUGUGGUGCAGCUCACUGCAAUAGAGGUUCUGGCGUGGGGUUUGCGUAACAUGAAGACAUAUCAGCUGGCUCCAGUUACUUCACCCAGUCUGGUGGUGGAGUGUGGAGAAGAGAGAGUUCAGACCACAGUCAUUAAAAACAUCAAGAAAUGCCCGAAUUUCUCCGGAAACGUUCUUUUAUUAAAAGUGCUUCUACCCAAGGAGGAGAUGUAUCUUCCCCCUAUAGUGCUAAAGGUAAUAGACCACAGACCUUUCGGCCGGAAACCUGUCGUGGGACAGUGCACCAUUUCAUCUCUGGAGGAGUUUCGAUGCGAUCCUUUUGCCGUUGUAUCUGCUGUUUCAUUAUCUUCAAAAAUGGCUUUGAUGGCAGGGGCUCCCAGAGACCUCCAUGUAAACAUUGAAGACAACAGAGAGCGUCUUCUGGAAGCUCAGUAUAUGUAUGGCAUCUCAGCUGCUGUUGACAAAAUGACCACUGCUAGUCCACUUCAACAAGAGAAGGAAAAGGAGACGGUUGAUUGGUGGAGUAAGUUUUAUGCAUCUAUUGGAGAGAGUGACAAAUGCCGCCCAUACCUUGAUAAAGGUUAUGACACUUUGGAGGUGUAUAAACAUGAGCUUGAAGACGUGAAGGAGUUCAUGGGGUUUACAGAUUUCUGCAAGACUUUCAAAUUGUAUCGUGGGAAAAAUGACAGCGAUGAUGAAGACCCCACAGUGGUCGGUGAAUUUAAGGGCUCGUUUAAGGUCUACCCAUUGUCCGAUGAUCCAGAUGUGAUACCUCCACCCCAACAAUUCAGAGAGCUGCCUGACAGCGUCCCGCAGGAGUGUGUGGUCAGAAUCUAUGUGGUACGGGCCAUGGAGCUUCAACCCAAAGACAACAAUGGCAAAUGUGACCCUUAUAUCAAGAUCACAUUGGGGAGAAAGUCUAUCGAUGACAGAGACAAUUACAUACCAAAUACCCUUUCUCCAGUGUUUGGAAGGAUGUUUGAAACGACCUGCAUCUUCCCUCAAGAAAAAGACUUGAAGAUCUCCGUCUAUGACUUUGAUUUGCUCAGCCGUGAUGAGAAGGUCGGGGAGACCGUGAUUGAUUUGGAAAAUCGUUUCCUCUCUUACUUCGGGGCUUACUGCGGUUUACCACAGACGUACUGCAUUUCUGGACCAAACCAGUGGCGCGAUCAACUCAAACCCUCUCAGAUUCUUCAACAUCACGCACGUCUGAAAGGACUGAGUCCACCCAGGACCGAAGACAAUGGAAACACGUUAACCUUCGACAGUCGACUCCAUUGCCUCUCUGACUUUGAAACAAACAAGGAAAUCCAUCAGCACCUGGGUCCUCCGAGUGAACGGAUUGCUCUGCAUGUCCUCCGAACUCAAGGUUUGGUUCCAGAACAUGUGGAGACCAGGACCCUGCACACAAGCUACCAACCAAAUCUCCCUCAGGGAAGACUGCAAAUGUGGGUUGACAUUUUCCCCAAAAGUCUUGGACCUCCUGGACCUCCUUUUGACAUAUCUCCACGCAAGGCCAAAAAGUACUUUCUACGUGUUAUUGUUUGGAACACAACCGACGUUGUUUUAGAUGAAACCAGCGUUACUGGAGAACAAAUGAGCGACAUUUAUGUGAAAGGGUGGAUGCCAGGUAUGGAGGAAAAUAAACAAAAGACAGAUGUUCACUACAGAUCUUUGGAUGGGGAUGGCAAUUUUAACUGGAGAUUCGUGUUUGGAUUUGAAUACCUGCCUGCAGAGCAACUCUGUCUUGUCUCUAAAAAGGAACAUUUCUGGAGUCUUGACAAUACUGAGAUUAGGAUACCACCGAAACUGAUUGUUCAGAUAUGGGACAAUGACAAAUUCUCUAUGGAUGAUUAUUUAGGUGCUAUUGAACUUGAUCUCCACAACCUCAUCAAUCCUGCCAAAUCAUCAGAGAAAUGUAAUCUUGACAUGUUACCUGAUGUGCAGAGCUCUCCAAAAUCAAACCAAUCAAAGUCCCUUUUUGACCAGAAGUCAGUGAGAGGAUGGUGGCCGUGUUAUAUGGAUAAAGAUGGGAAGAAGGAACUGGGUGGGAAGGUUGAGUUAACUGUGGAGAUAGUGAAUGAGAAAGAGGCAGAUGAAAGACCUGCUGGAAAAGGCAGAGAUGAGCCCAAUAUGAACCCAAAGCUGGAUCCUCCAAAGCGACCUGAAACCUCGUUCUUUUGGUUCACCAAUCCAUGCAAGACCUGCAAGUUCAUUGUGUGGCGUAAAUUUAAGUGGCUGUUCAUCGGCCUCGUUUUGCUCAUUUUAGUGCUGCUUUUCCUUGGAAUCUUGCUGUAUUCAUUACCGAACUACAUUUCUAUGAAAAUUGUAAAACCUUACCAAUGAGAUCCACGGGAGUUUGAUUUUAUUAUUCAUGCAGUCAUCAAGAACACGAAUAUGUUUGCUAUAAAAUGUUAGUUUUUUUAAUAAUGUACACAUAAAUCAAUACAGUGUUUACUCUUUUGUGUUACGUUCGGCUGUUUAGGGAUUCACUCCUGAUUGCACUUAAGCACAUGUUAAACUUUAAUCAUGCAUUUAACACUGUAGUUUUUCCAAAAAUUAAUGAUAUUUAAAGCUGUUUGUUCACAAACCAUGAAGUGUUUCUAUUGUGAAAAAUGAUUAAUUUUUAUUGUAUUAAACCCUCAGAUGAUUUUAAGGUUUAGUUGUUAAGGAGAACAAAAUUAAAAAAAAAAGAAUAAAAAUUUAAAUUGUGUUUCUGUUUUUUCAAUUCUUAAGUUUUUUUUUUUUUUUUUACUUAAUUCACAUUAAAUUAUAAUGUAGAACCAUAACUUAUAUAGCGCACUUCUAUCAAGUAUUAAUAAAGUCGAAAUGAAACAGAAGUAGCGAUUGUCUCAUUUUAAAGAUAAUUUUAAUAUAUCCAGAAAUCAGCAGCAAGUGUGCUAACUCACACAAAGAAACCCUCCCACAUAACCCCAAUCUUAUACAGUUUACAUUGGCUCCCAAUUAGUUUCCGCAUUCAAUAUAAAGUUCUGCUCACUACAUUUAAAGCUCUCCAUGUCCACAAUAUAUCACAGAUCUCGUUCACACAUAUACCCCUGCCUGUGCACUUAGGUCCUCUGACUCUUAAUUUAUUAGAGGUUCCUUGUUAUAGGCUAAAUCUAUUGGUGGUAGAGCCUUCUAUAUUGCGGCUCCCAGCCUCUGGAAUUCUCUCCCCCAGAGCUUUCGAGAUCUGGCGUCCUUACAGGAUUUCAAAACUAAUCUGAAAACGUAUCUUUUCACUUCUUGUUAUUCAAAUUCUCAAGUGCAUUUGACAUGGUUUUGUGUUCUCUAAUUUUCUCUUCUGUAUUGUAUGUACCAUCUGUAUUGCUCCAAUGUACUUGUUGACUGGGAUGUUUUUAUGUUUUGUUUCCUUUGGUGUAUGUGUAUGCUUACGUAUAGUGAUGUUUACUAAACCGCCUUAAUUCUGUUUGAUUGUACAUCUCAUCUUUGUAAAGAGUCAUUGAGAUUGUUGAAAGGCGCUAUAUAAAAUAAACUUAUUAUUAUUAUUAUUAUUAAAGAAUGAAACAAAAAAAAAUUCAAACCCAAAAUUAUGCUUUAUUUUUAAUUAUGCAAAAUAUUUAUUUCACAGCUGGUUAGUGGAGUGGAGAUUAGGGUGUGUGGAAAACUGUGAAACACACUUAAUAAAGUUCAGCCAAUUGCAUUUAUUUCUUUGUUAUGCCUUUCAAAAUCAAGAGAUGUCAAGUUAGUCAACAGCACAUUUCAACAUUUACUGAAGAUUUGAAAAGUAAUAAAGGGGUUUGUGAUGAAUACUGAA